UCUUUUUGCGACUAAAAGCAUCUUUCAAACUUUGAUACAGAACUUUAUAAUUAUUUCUUUUAAACCAGGUGGGAAUGCUAUAAUGCCUAAUUCAUUUUGGUCCUUCUUUUUUAACCUAUUCAUUUUUAAAAGGACAGAUACCAGUUAAAGUAAACUUGCUUAAACAUUUUAAUGUGUGAUCGUACACCACUUCUCUGAUAAUUAACUCAAAAACCGUGGUUUCCAUGGGCCGCCAUCUUCGUUGCCACGACACGUAAACAAAAGAGAGUUAACUCGGCACGGAAAGUAAAUUAACACGUAAAAGACAUCAUGGCGCGAAUUCUAUGAAUCGCCCAAAAUUUAAUUUUCGACUUGACCUAUUACAACACGGCAAUGGUGGCCUCCGCAUAAAAAAUUCAUCAAGUCACUGUGUUCUACAGUGAAUACGUAGAUGGACUUACAUUCCUAUUUGUGUUCGGAAAACGUUCCCGCAUGUGGGGCACGCGUUGUUUUGAGUAGCAGUUGAAGUUGGAGUUGAGUCGAUUACGCUGUGUCUUCUUAUGCUUUUUUUGUUUUUUUUUGCGGCUUGAGUGGUGUGUGCUUCUUCUUCUGUGAGGUGUGUGCUUCUUCUUCUGUGAGGUGUGUGCUUCUUCUUCUGUGAGGUGUGUGCUUCUUCUUCUGUGAGGUGUGUGCUUCUUCUUCUGUGAGGUGUGUGCUUCUUCUUCUGUGAGGUGUGUGCUUCUUCUUCUGUGAGGUGUGUGCUUCUUCUUCUGUGAGGUGUGUGCUUCUUCUUCUGUGAGGUGUGUGCUUCUUCUUCUGUGAGGUUUGGGCUAAAAUACCGAGUAUGACACGCCAUCUUGUUUCAUCCGUAGAAAAAAAGUCUCACACGAUGACCGUUCAACGUUCAUUGAAAUUGAGUGAAAAUUGUAUACAGAUCUUGAAGCGUUUUUUUUCCUUCCCACUAGCCUAAAGUUUCCAACUGGAGAAUUAACAGAAAAAAUAGUCGUUCGGGAAGUCUGCUGUCUGGAAAUCUAUCAACAUAGAUAGCAUAGGUGGAGAUGGUUGAAUGACUUGCAUGUCUGCAGUCUCGUUUGCACAUAGUUUGUUUGCGGAGCACCGUGACCUAAAUACACAUAUUAUUAGAGAGAUUUUAACUCCGGCAUGUUAGCAUCGUUAAAAUACAAGAAGAGAAUGUUGGCUUAUAACUCCAAAGGUUGUGAUGUGAUUACAGCGUCAACGAUUACUGAACACUUAAAAUUAAACUGAAAAUAUUUUAACAAUUACGAACAUUUUAACCUUUUUAAUGUAAUCUUACCAUCACGCGGUCAACAUUACUCUAAAGCUGUAUAACAUGAAGCAAAAAUGUUCUGUUUAAACAGGUACUCUAAAAUUGUUGAACUCAAGGCGUGUCCUCCCAGAGGUAUCCUGUUUUGGUGAGUUACAUCCUUCACACUCGCUGCUACAAGAUGCUACCUAACGCCGUGGUAUUUUAUGGCUUGAUGGCUCUGUUAUGUAUCGUGGGUAAGUCUCUGUGUUAAAUUUCAUUUAAACAAAGUAUAACAUCCUUUCAUAUUUUUAUGAGCAAAUUCGUAAUUCUUUUCAUCAUUAAAGAUACAUACGUGGAGAACUGUGUUAAGGUUAAGGCCAUAAAAAUUAUACUUAUUGUAAAAGAACAUGCGUCUCAUCCAUCUUUAAAUCCAAAUCUUGACUGUAUAAUAUCUUAUCAUUGCAGAUACAUGUCUAUAAGUCUAUUCAUGUGUUGUUGUCUAAGAGUAUAUUCGUCUAAAAGAAAGCACAAAUCUUUAUCGAUGACACCGCAUGUGAAAAUAUACUAAGUUGAAUUAUAUACACGGGAUGAUAUACAUAAAUAUGUAGAGAUCAAAUGAGCAUGAAGCAGUAGCAAGAGUCAUAUGAAUACGUGCGUUUUUAUGAAAUUUUGGUGGUUUUAUCAGUAAUAUUUGAUGUAUCUUAUGAUGAAUUCAAGCUCUAAGCAAUGAUCCUCGUAGUAGAGUUGAUGUUGUAUUCUCCUAGCUGGACCUCAGAAAAGUCCUCCGUCCAGUUGACGUGAUUGUGUAACAUCUAGCUUCGACUCAGAGAGGACAUCAAAGUCAGAGUUGACGUGAUGGUAUAACAUCUGGCUUCAACUCAGCGAGGUAAUCAAAGUCAGAGUUCACGUGAUGGUAUAACAUCUGGCUUCAACUCAGCGAGGUAAUCAAAGUCAGAGUUGACGUGAUGGUGUAACAUCUAGCUUCAACUCAGCGAGGUCAUCAAAGUCAGAGUUGACGUGAUGGUGUAACAUCUGGCUUCAUCUCAGCGAGGUCAUCAAAGCCAGAGUUGACGUGAUGGUGUAACAUUUAGCUUCAACUCAGCGAGGUCAUCAAAGUCAGAGUUGACGUGAUGGUGUAACAUCUGGCUUUCAACUCAGCGAGGUCAUCAAAGUCAGAGUUGACGUGAUGGUGUAACAUCUGGCUUCAACUCAGUGAGGUCACCAAAGCCAGAGUUGACGUGAUGGUGUAACAUUUAGCUUCAACUCGGCGAGGUCAUCAAAGCCAGAGUUGACGUGAUGGUGUAACAUCUAGCUUCAACUCAGCGAGGUCAUCAAAGUCAGAGUUGACGUGAUGGUGUAACAUCUGGCUUCAACUCAGUGAGGUCAUCAAAGCCAGAGUUGACGUGAUGGUGUAACAUUUAGCUUCAACUCAGCGAGGUCAUCAAAGCCAGAGUUGACGUGAUGGUGUAACAUCUAGCUUCAACUCAGCGAGGUCAUCAAAGUCAGAGUUGACGUGAUGGUGUAACAUCUGGCUUCAACUCAGUGAGGUCAUCAAAGCCAGAGUUGACGUGAUGGUGUAACAUUUAGCUUCAACUCAGCGAGGUCAUCAAAGCCAGAGAUGACGUGAUGGUGUAACAUCUAGCUUCAACUCGGCGAGGUCAUCAAGGUCAGAGUUGACGUGAUGGUGUAUCAAGCUUCAAGCCUUACCUCAAAGGACUCUUUCAAGUCCAAGUUGACAAGAUGGUGUAUGUUUCUAGCUAAAUAUUCUGGAUCUUGGCAAUAUCUGAUAGUGUAGGGUUGAUGCUAUUAAAAACAGUGGCUAAGAGAAUUUUUUUUUAAUGUAAGCUAAAAUGAAGAAACCUAUCUUCCGGUUUCAUUAAAUUUAAAAAAGACAAAUCUAUAGUGAGCCUUGAGUAGGUAAAGGAACAAAUCCGAGAAUAAGGAGAGUUACUUGCAAACUUAACCAAGUACACUUAACUGUUUUUAAGUAAAUAUGUUGCUUUGUUGUUGUUUUUUUAAACAGCAGAAGCAGGAAGUGUUACCCCGACAAAAGAUUUCCAGGCAAUACUUAUUGGUAGAAAGGCUUCAAUUUUGUGGAGAAAGAUAGAAAAUAUUAGCCCUUGUAUUAUACCUUGAGAAUUGCCUUCUACUUGAUAUACAAAGUUUCGAUCAUUACAUUAUAUUGAUUAGGUCAUAAAAUAUUCCAGGUUUGAUUGAUUGUGUGUUUUAAUUAUGCGUCUUGUCUCUCCUUGAAUCUUAAUACAAGGACUUGCAGUUCACAGUCUGCAUUUAUAAGUUGAAAUAAAAUUCCAGAGGCGUGGACUUUCCCUUCGCAUCCCUUUUUUUACAAUACUGAACUCCAAGCUCGUUACCGAUAUGAAAUAUGACGUCAAAUAACUAUUCGAGGAGCUCCACAUAGCGUUCUGGCAACCAUUGAAUCUUCGACAGUUUGAAAUAAAGUUUACACAAACGGUUCAUUAAAUCGUAGAUUGACAUGUAUCUUCUAUUUUUUUCUUGAUCAAUCUAUUUAUUUAGGUGUCAACACUGAUACAGAGGGCCCGCAGAUUGUUGACAACUGUCAGGAGAGAACUGCCGCGUGCAGGAAUAUUGCAACAACGGUUGAUGAGAUUGUGUAAGAGAAACGUAUUUAUGUUAUGAACUUUCGCCCACGUUAUCAAGGAUCUAUCUCAAGAACUGAAAGUAUUCUGUACUUUAAUAGAUUACUUGUGUGAAUGACGUAGGACGGUGGAGAAGAUAGAUGAAACAGUAUCCACCCAUAAAGGGAAUGUCUUCUUUGUGUUUGUUGCCCUAGCCUAGAACGAUUGCAGAGCUUUCGGGAGGAGAGCAUCCUAUCCACAAGCUAAGAGAAUGCAUCCUUUUUUUUAAAACAUCGUAAUAAAUGUAGUACUAUUGAGCGAGUACGCCCUUCUGUUUGUAUGAGAAUAUUUGCCAACCCAACUCAAAACAAAUAAUCAAUUAUUUGUUUUUUUUGUCUUUUUUUUCAGAAAGAAAGAAAAGGAAAUAGUUUCCUGCUUUAUGGCCUAUGUAUGCAAGUUCGAGGAAGAGGAACAUAGGGUGAAUGCUUUGAUGGAAUAUGGAGGAAAGAUUGAAGGUAAUUCCAUUUAUUAUUAUGAUUGUCCUUUACAAAUUUAAUUACAACAGUGGUUCUUAACCUUUUUGGAGGUACCGAACCCCACCAGUUUCAUAUGGGCAUUCACCGAACCCUUCUUAAUGGGAAAAACAAAAUGUGAUUCUUUUUCCUGAUUUUUUGGGGGGUCUCCGCCGAACCCCUCAGACUGACUCGCUGAACCCCUGAGGUUCGAUCGAACCCAGGUUAAGAACCACUGAAUUAGAAUUAGUUCCUUUGACAUUGCUUCUGGCUCUAUUUUAACGUUUGCGCCAUUGUCAUUACUUUAAGCUUCUAGCUCAUCAGUCGGUGUUCGUCACCAGGAGAAGAUACCUGGGCUUCCGGUCUCCUUAAAUAGUGUGCGAGAAUUGUAUGAUGAUAACCAGGUAGUGCAACGAAGGCAUGGCUAUUGGCUCUGCUUGUCUGUACUUUCGAAACACCGUAUAAAUGAGCAAGUGAGAGAGAGAGAGAGAGAGAGGGAAAGAGAGAUAGAGAGAGAGAGAGACAGAGAGUAUAGAAUUUUUGAACGUGACAUGCCUGAUUGCUGUCUUAUCACACGAACUUAUCGUGCGUUAAACUUCACUGACUCCAUCGACAAAGGGGGGACGUUCAAGCCUGGUUCCUUUUGAUAAACUUCAGAAAAGGAUUCUCACGCUUUUGGUAUCGGUAAUCGUUUUUGAUAGUAAGAAUUAUUUUUUGUCACCCGAAUCGAAGCAGAGCUAAAUGGGGUUCGGUUUCUAAAAGUAUUUACAAAUUUUAUUUAAAUGUGGUGUUAAUGUUUUUUCAUAUUGACAAAUAAACUAUAUUGUCCACAUAACAAUAGUUCAGAUUAAAUCCUAAUGUGCUUAAAGCUAAUCUGACUAUGAUAAACAUGAAAUUGAUUGAAAAUGUGUUUCAGGUUCAAAAAUGGACCCGUCUAUUCCUGAAACAGGCGUCACCGACAAGCCCACCAACAUGGCAGUGAUCAUCAGCGUUUCCUACAAAACAUUGGUCGCCAGCGCUGUCACAAUGUUCCUCAUGGCUUAGAUCUGAAAGAACAAGGAACACGUGAAAAAAGCAAUUAUUGUACUCGAUGUUAAUCUGUUAUUUCAACUUAUGGGAGAGCAGUAAAAUUGUAUAGCAAUCUGAGGAAACAUUUAGAUAACCUUUGUAAGAGUUUCAAGAACGCUGUUGAAUAAUAGCAAAAUAGUUGAAUAAGAACAAAAUUUAAUAUCAUUAUUGUAAAAAAUAAAUAAUUUCAUUAGCAAAACAUUGGAAACUUUAAAAAAGUUAUUGAUAUAUUUUUAUUUAAUCUUAAAAAAACGUUGUUAUCAAUAGGAAAAGAAUAAAUUAAUAUUUUGUUAUUUGAUUAACGAGUAUAUGAAAGAAAUGAAAUUUAUUUGUAUUCUAAAUCAAAUACUUUAAAGCAUUACUUAGAUAUUACCAGCAAAUGUAAUUAUCUAUUUUUUAAGUAUAAUUUUUUUGUCUUUAAGCAUAUCAGAGAUUAAUUUUUUUUUUUAUUUUUUUUAAACUCACUUAAUGUCUCUGUAAACAUUCCUGUGUUUAUUUAAGAAAACAUAAAAUUUCUUACGACAAACAAAAGGGAUGGAAAACUUGCACUCAAAGUAAAAACCUUAUUUUAAAUAAAUAUAAGAUUUA